AUGUCGACAGUGACCGCAACGGCACUACAGAGCUCAGCUCCCCCCAUCCUCCCGCAAGGCUUUUCAGCCAAGCAGCCGCCCACAAUCCGACUAUACCCACUUUCAAACUACACAUUCGGAACAAAGGAAACGCAACCCGAAGAAGACCCAUCUGUGCUGGCGCGGCUAAAGCGGUUGGAGGAGCACUAUGAGCAGUAUGGCAUGCGCCGCACGUGCGAGGGUGUUUUGUUAUUGAUAUAUGGCAGGCCAGGUGAUUACCUCCACCACGAUGACGAUGAGGUGGAAGGGUUCAAGGCCCGGCUGAACGAACGAUUGGCCCCAGUUGGUUCACAAUUUUCCGGUAAAGGGGUGAACGACGAGUGGGAAAUAGGCGACACGCUGGCGCAGUGGUGGCGGCCGAAUUUUGAGACGUUCAUGUACCCGUUUCUGCCAGGGCAUGUGACGCGACCGAAGGAGUGCAAGAAGCUGUAUUUCAUCCAGCUUCCAAAGAAGAAGGUUCUAUCUGUGCCGAAGAACAUGAAACUACUCGCCGUGCCGCUGUUUGAGCUGUAUGAUAACACGGCACGGUAUGGGCCGCAACUGUCAGCGAUCCCACACCUUCUGUCACGGUAUAAUUUUGAGUUUGUAGAUGAAAAUGACAAUGUGGUUGCGGUGACGCCGGGGGAGCAUCUGGGCGGGGAAGUACCGCAGACCAAGGUGCUACUGAGUGGGGACGAGGGUAGUAAAGGUUCAAAUAAGAAUGGGGCCGGGCAGGGCGAUACGGGGAUGGGAGGGUUGGAGGGGCAGUGA